AUGGUGGCAUCCAAAGAAUGGACGCGAUUAUCCUUCCAGGAAGCCCUGGAGUUGGUCAGGCUUCCCGCUGAAUCUUCAGAGUCGCAAAAAUGCGUCAAGAGAUUCAUGAGCCGUCAGCCAGCUUGGGAGCCGGGCAAGGAGCUCCCUUGGGACUCACUGGGACUUGCUCCACCCAAGAUUACGAGAGGAGCUUACGGUGCUGUCGUCUACGCGCAAUCAUCUCUGGCGGCAGCACGUGUUGUUGGGGAAGAGGACCGCGAAGAAGGAAAUGGUGUGAAUGGGAAUAAGCGCGGGAUUCAUUCCAUCCACGCAGUCUUCACCAACCCAGGGCGCUCUGAUCGUCCCUUUAUUCUCGACGUGUCUGAAGUUCAUUCAAGUCGAUCAUUCUCAACUCGUCUAGUCAACGCGCGUCAACCAACUCAGCCCUCAAGUAACCCUGCCGGCCCAUUCCCCAUAUCCGAUGCUGAAGGACAACUGGACAACACCUGCUUGACAUGCCUCGUCACCUUCAAGCGACCUGUUCCCAGCCCCGAUGAUGUCCAGGACACUCCGCCUCAAGAACGAUACAGAGACAUUCUGUCGUCAAGAAACCCAGACGAAUGGGACCCUUGCCCACAAGCUGACCUUGAUGGACUAAAGGCCAAGUUCCCAAAUGCCGGUCAUGGGGCGUUUCCAAUCCUCGACAUGUACAAGGUCGACAUGACAGCCUUUAACGCCGAUAAGCCCAUACCUGACCGGAGGGAGCUUAUCUACUACCGAUUGCUCAAGCCCAUCCCCAAGGAGGAUGUCAAUGCACAUGUCGUAACCCAUGCAUUCGAAGCGGACCGAAACAGCCUCUUCAUGCUCGGCAACCACUUAGGCUACGGCCACGACUUGGGCAUAGCGGCGAGUUUGAGCUAUUCAUUCUAUGUACACGUCAAUGCUGAGGAGGCAAUCAUGGAGGGUGAUGGUUGGUGGAUUCAAGAGGCCUCUUGGUCACGCUUCAGCGCAGGAAGAGGCGCAAUGGAGAGUCGCAUGUGGAGUCCAGAAGGGAAGCAUGUUGCAACGGGCUAUCAAGAUGGGAUUGUGCUGCCGAUGACUGCGAAACCGGGUAGAGAGACCAAGUUAUAG